AUGAUGGGAGACCCGAUAUCAAUUAGCUCUGGACUUAUUACUUUGGCGGGGUUUACUCUCGGGUCAGCGACAGCCCUCUUCAAGACUAUCGAGAGCUUCCAGACAAAUAAGAGAACCGUUCGUGAGCUUAAAGAAGAGCUCAGGGACCUGGAAGAAGUCCUUAAUAACCUCGAACGACAUACUAGAGAGAGUGGCUCGGAGCUUAAUUCUCUUAAGCGCCCGUUGCUUCGGUGCGGAAUUGUGUGCCAGGACUUUGAUGCUGUAAUCAAAAAGUGCACUGCAAACUCCGAUGGCUCAAGGACAAGUUUCCGUGACUGGGCCAAGUUAACAUACAUGGGUGAGGAUAUAUCUCGAUUUAAGCUUAUGAUAUCGGGAUAUAAGUCGACAAUUAGUAUUGCAAUCGGCGGUGCCAUUCUUCAUAACGCCAAUGUUAAUGCGGAAACCCUCAAAGGAUACAAAACGAUUGUCGCGGAGACUACAUCUGACCUCAAAGAACAUCUGGAGGACAUACAGAGCAAGAUCAAUGCGCUCAGAAGCUCCGGCGCUGAAUUAUCCGACGAGAAGAACCAAGAGCUGGCCAAUAUCCAGGAAGAAAAAGAGAACACCAACAGAUGUCUCGAGAUUUGCGCCGAGGUCGAUGGUUAUAUCAACAUGGUCCGGAAUCGUCGACUUAACGAUAUUUCAUCCCCGGAGCUCAAGGAUGCAACGAUCAAUACGUUGAAAGGUUGCCAAGAUACGCUUACCACCUUCUACACCGAGAUGGAACAGCGUUCAGGACAGGCAAACACCAGGCUAGGGAAAUUCAUAGCAUUAAAUUCAGGUGGCUCUGCGGAUGAUGCUAGGCUAAUGGAGGAAUUACAGGCCGAAAGUGAGGGCACCAAAGGUUGUAUUGAUAUUUGCAAUGAAAUGUCUCGGGAGGCAGAUCGCGUGCGUACCAACACCUUUGAAGAUAUCACCUCAGCAGAUGAUUCUCACCUGGUGUUCAUUUCAACCGUUGGCGAUCUUAUUUCCGCAUGUCGGGUUACCACGGGGGCUAGAUCGGCACACUGGAUGGGUCAGAUGUCCGAUACCUCCGUUCAGCAGCUGUCGAAAGACCGUGCCUUUAUUGCUCUCGGAAAGCCCUUGGAUAACACCGUUAAUGGGCCCUUGGACAACCCCUUGGAUAAUAAAUCAUCGCCAAAGGACACUUUUCUCAACCGUCAUGGCUCAGGUAGACAAGUAGGGCAGAAGUGA